GGCAGCUGGCUGAAUCCUCGUGGCUCGCGUUCACGCGCCCACGGGGCAGCUCGUCGAGAAAAGAACACCGAGGAUGUCAGCCAUUUGCUCGCUCUGCGCCUAGGAGCAGCCCGUUCGCAGUCGGUGCUGGGCCCGCUACCUCUGGUCGUUGCGGCCCUCGCCUACUGGACGCGGGUUUCUGCCUGGGGACGGAGGCGCUGUUCGAUUUCUCCGGUGAUCGCUAGGCUCCCAACUGGUCCACCUUCAGCAGCAAGACACCCAGUGGUUUCCGACCGGCUGCCGAGUUAUCGUUUCGCUUGAAAGACGCUGACAUUGUGAACGAGAAGUAUGCCCAGGACGUCGCUGAACGCGGGGAAAUUACCGGCCGGCGCGCCGCCCCCGCGUAGGCCGCCUCUGCUGCCUACGCCUACAAUACCGGCACAUCCGGAUCACGAGAAAUUCGCGAACAUCAAGGAAAUGCCCUUGCGCAUCCUCUGCUUAGAUUCCGGCCGGGGGCCGCCGACUGCGUCCCAGCUGCGCCAGCUGCUGGGGUUUCCCGGCGUCGUGGAUCGCGUGGUGCCUUGCGAUCGUUGCGAGGUCGCAGUCUACGAGAACCCUGUCUCUGCGGCACACGUGACCUUACAGCUGGAGCGCCUUCCGAAGGACACUUUCAUGCAGAUCGUGGUGAAGUGGUGUGACUUGGAAAUAGUCCAGCACGUUCUAGGCGGUGGCGUGACUCGGAAGUGCGAUCCACCCGAGUGGUGGCUCGCAUCAGAGGAACUUGAAGAGCGCUGCAACCCGUAUGACUCUGUGAUUGCCAUGGAGCACAAAGACAUACCUGUGACCGGAUUCGCGCUGGGAUGUCUUCUGGGCUACAAUACGUUUGUAGCUCACUUCGACAGCGCGCGCACUGCUCCCCCCGGUACCAAGACUUCAUCCACGAAGAAGUCGUCCAACUCCUGCAAAAUCGGAAUGACAAAGUUUGCAAAGUGGAAGAAAGCAGAGUUGGACCCUAGAGCUGGCUUUACGUUGUCUGGCGACAUCUCGCCGGCAAUGGCUCCUUGUCGCAAGCAGUCCUGUGAAGCCAAGAGGUAUUCCAUGCGGAGAGCGGCGGCUAACUCGGAAAGAACGUCUCCGCCACAGCCUUCUACAAAUGAAUCAUCUGCAAACUCAACUUCCAAUGAGACCAGCUCAUCCACACCUCCGUCGGAGCCCAGAGAGGAGGAAGCCGCCCAGGAGGAAGCCGCCCAGGAGUCGCCGAGCGCGAAGCCUGCUGAGAGCGCAACUGCCACAUCUGAAAACCCACCGCCAAAGACGUCAGCUCCAUGCAACCCUUCCGCAACUACGGCGGACACGACGGCGCGUUCUGAACCCGCGUGUCCGCCCCCAGCGGGUCCGCCAUCGUAUGCCUCCAUCACGACUCAUCCGAGGUCCAGCGAUACAAUGGAGCAGCGUGGCAGCUGGCAGGGCUGGCUGACGCCGGUGGCGCCUCCGCCACCGGUCCCGGAGCCACCGCGGGAGCCAUUUCGGCCGGGCCCGCAGCCUGCUAUCAUACAGACCACGCCGCCACCGAAGGAAAAGGGCAAAUGGGCCGCACUAUUGACGCCCGAGGAGGAACCGGAGGAUGGCGACGCCCAAGCCACGUCGGGCCCCCCAUCGUCGUCGCCCACCCAGCCAUCCAGCACGGGUCCCUCGGUGGGUGGCUCGCUUCCUACAGACGAUGCCUCGAGCGCGCCCACGGCUUUGUCAUGCUCGAAUUCACCCUCGUUGCCUUCGUCGCCCAAAAGCACCAGAUCAUCCAUGUCGGCAUCGCAGUCUCCCCGUGCGGGCGAAGGUUUCAAGGUCACGCAGAGCAGCGCUCAUUUCGAGCACUGUACCAGUGCACUGCACAUCUACUUUGUGGACAAGCAAAACUCCAGUCACACCCUCUACCGGCUGUUGGUGCGGUAUUGCACUAUAUCCCGCAUCGUGCUCUGCAAAACGUCACCCACUUCUACAACCGCGUACUUGCACCUCCUGCACACGCCGCUGCUCUACAAGCUAUGCGCCGGCAACAAUGCCAUGAGCCAUUGUCACCGCGAGGGCGACUACCUACCCAAGUUCAACCUGUCCGACACCACGCCGUGGGACCGGGCCGUCGAGUUCGGCGAAGGGCCCUUCAAGUGCGGCGCCGAUGUGCUGGGCAAGAGCCGCGUCCUGCGACUGGCGUUAAGCGGGCCCCGCCACUGGGAGCCCCUGUGCAACCUGAUCCUUCGCACGCGCAGCGGCGCGCAGGUCUACUACGCUGCGGUCCGCGAGCUGCACGUGCGCGAUCUGAAGCCGGUGCCCAGGCCCAGCGUCCCGGACUACGGGAUCACCUACGCUCUGCUCAGCGUCUGGUCCGAGAGCUUCCAGGUCGCAGACGAGCUUGCGAUGAACCCCGACACUUUCAAAGAAGUACAGAGCAAACUGACAACGCGCUCGAAGGAUUGUCCCCGUGCACUGGAGGAAGCGCUCUUCGAGCUCUACUUCUCCAUCAGCCAGGGAAAGGUGUUCCGGUUCAUCACAGCACUGGACCGCCUCUACACGCGCUACCGGGGCCACCGGCUGCGCAACGACGCCUACACCGGCUCGGUGAUCGCCCAGGAGCUGCCGGCGCACAUGGUCAAAGUGCGCAAGGUGAUCCUGACGCCCACCCGACGCGUCUACUUGCCCCCGCAGCUGGUGUGCAAGAGCCGUCUGCUGCAGCACUUCGACACCGAGUACGCGAUACGCAUCGUGGUGCGCGACGACGACUGCAAGCUCGUGUCUUUCUCGCUCGGAGCGUGCAAGGACGACUUCCUGGGCGCGGUCAUCAAGCCGCCGCUGACGCACGGCCUGAAGAUCGGCGGCAGGCAUUUCGUGUUCCUAGGAUGCUCGACCAGCCAGCUGCGCAGCCAUGGUGUCUGGUUCUACGCUUGCGACACCGAGGGUCGCACUGCCGAUAAGAUACGUGCGGGCAUCGGCGACCUGUCAGCCAUCCACAGCGUGCCCAAGUUCAUGGCACGGCUUGGACAGGCCUUCUCCCAGUCCCUGGGCUUCCUCACCGUUCAGCGCCACCACACGAGCAUUGAGCCGGACAUCAAGAAAACGACGACGAUUCGCCGGUCCGGCGGCGAUGUCUUGCACCGCGAGUACCUGUUCAGCGAUGGCAUCGGGCGCAUCUCGCAUACUCUGCUGCGCAAG